ACUCAACAAUACCCAAGCAUGAGUACUCAAAGUCGUACUCAAAGUACUUGUUAUUCACUCAUGAGUACUCAGGUGAGUACUCAGUGAGUAAAAAAAUGUAUGAGUACGUAUGAGUACUCGUCCGGUUUUUCUAGCAGAGUACUUUUUGAGUACUUACACUUGAGUACAUUCACUAGGGCGGAGAUAGAUAGAACUCUUUUAACAAAUUGUUGUUUUUCUAUAAUAGAUCGUGGUAAGAAAGGAAUAGAACAGAAAAUGACAUCAACUAUACUAACUGAAUUAUGACUCAUAAUUUGUGCUGGACGCUUUGAUAAAGUUCGAUUGGAGAAGAAAAAACUACUAUGAGCCUCACCUAGUUUCAUGACGCUCCGCCGCCCCUGUAUAAGAUGAUUCAGUUUGUUGGACAUGAUAUGAGGACUGAGGACUAAGGACUAUAGUCGUCGGUCCUCAUAACAGACAAAUCUAAUCGUCGACUAGGAAAAGAGUAACUAGAAACUAUAGCUCUUGAAAUAAUUUUUACUUAAAUUAUCAAAUUGAAUUGUUGAACACAGAGGAAGUAAGUUAACAUGACGUAACAAACAUACUUCUCACUACUGUGUAGCCCUUACUCCUUCGAUAGAGGGCAGCGCAGUUCAGCUAACCGAAGGCUCGUGAACAAAUUCCUAAUGAGAAUAAAGCUAAUUGUUUUUAUGACUUACGAUAAUAGUACGUUGUAGCUGAAGAAUAUGCGACAGAGUACUAUUGAACGUUGGAUACUAAGUUCAGCUUUUAAUAGUAAAGCUUCAACUGUUCACGAAUCACAACUUAGUAAGUUGUGAUUCGUUUCUCAAAUGCAUUAAUCAAAUGCGCAAUAACAAAUAAAAACAAAAAUGGCUGACAUGAUGAAUUUAAUAUUAAAUCAAUCUGUGCUCAUACAACUUAUAUUAUUUCAAGGUGAAGUUAAACGUUGUUACGAUUUAUAAAUGUUCGUUGAUAAAAGGCUUAUAAACGACAUUAUUACCUGUUAAGUUAAACUACUCUGACUGGAUAGAGACUUUGAUUCAAAAUCGGAUGAUUAGGGAAUCAAACGAGAAACAAAAUUCACAUCCACUUUGAACAAUGAACUUUUUCCACGGAGAGACUCAAAUAUCUAAGUUUGAUUUUAAAAACAAGCGUAAAUUUGCUCCGUACGACCCUUUAAACAAAUUUAUUUAUUAAACUAACUGAUUGAAACUACAAUCGGCUUAUUGCUUUUCACAUCUUUUGAGUCAUGUGUUCUUUCUUUCUCCACACUUUUGGUCGAUUUUUCCAGCCACUGUUCUCUCAUUUGGAAGCGCAGAAGAUUGAAAGAUAAACUAGUAGACAGUGGUUAUACUGAAUAUGGUAUAUCCGAAAUUAUUUUUCUGAUAUCAUUUUUAAUUAUCGCAUAGUAAUUUCCGAAAUAGUGGUGUUUGAUGUUUAGGAUUUCAAUUUUUCUAAUUCGAGAUAAUUAGUACCUGACGUACUCUAUUGUUUCUCCUAUCAGAUAAUUAAUCAUCACGUGAUAUCCUUCGUAAUGAACAUACACUAGAUUGCUUGAUAUGAGAACAGCUAUAGCAGAAUGUAUGAUAUUAUAAUAAAUCAUCUGAUACGAUAAUGUGAAUAAUAUGCUGUAGAAGAAAAAUGUAAGUGAAUGAAAUUCGAAACAUAUUUUUGUUGCUAAAAAGAGAAAAUACUAGGUUCGUCCACUAAAGUAUUUUCGGUCUAAAUUAAUUAUCUACGUAGUUUAUGUCAUAGCUAGAAGCCAAACGGUUCCAAGAAAUGUUUUACUCAAUCGGCUUCCAAUCUUCGUAGUAUACAGUUGGCAUCUAGUGCUUUAUUUGUUUUACUGUGUCUCUGACAAUAACCAUUUAAAUCCAAAUGGAUAGUUCUGUAAUCUAGAGAGUUAAACUUGAAAAGAUAUAAGCUAUUUAGAAAAAAAAAUUGAAUUGAUUCUAUCUUACACUUCAGAAUCAGGUACAAAAUAUUCAUUUUGAUAUUAUUAACAGUAUUUUUAAUAGAAAUUUUUGUCGCAGUGGAUUUUCCACUGUGAAAUCAAUGUCAUAGUAGAAAAUUUGGCAUCAUCGUAGUUGCUAGAAUAGUUUUAACCAAAUUUAAUAGUUCGAAAUACAGUCGAGAUUUUAAAGUAACGGUGAAAAUCAUCGUGUUUUUUAAUUUUCCAUAGUGAAUUCCAGUGGAAAGUUGACUUGUUCACCGUACCAUUAAAAACAAUGAUUUUCAACAAUGUUAAAUCUCUGUUUUAAAAUAAAAGUAACAUGAGAAGUCUUUCUGAGAAUUCAUCUGAAUUUUUGUAAAUUGAUUUUACUAUCAUAACUCUAUAGAUUUUCUUCGAUACUCACUAUGUAUAAAUCGAACUUAUCACAGCAGCUUUGAUAAACGUAAACAGUAGAUAGAUAAAUAUUGUAGACACCAUAAGAAUGACAUAGUAAAAACGAUAAAUUGUAUAUCACUAAAUUAUAACAUUUUCCAAUUCAUUUUGAUAUUAUAGUUCGUGUAUGUAGAUGAAGAAAAAAAAAACUAGAGAAUUUGUCUAUAAUUAAUGUUUUAUGUGUACAUUUUAGAGCUGAUGCAUAUUUGUUUAUUCUGUAUAUUAUGACGAGAAUUUAUUACCUUUUUGUAUUAAGUAAGUGUUUAAAUAUUCUCUCUCUGAUUUUAAAAUAUCUUUAUCCUAUCUAUUUCUGUUUAGAUCUCGUUUAUUCAUGUUCAGCUUUUUCUUACGAAUCUCUCCAUGCAAAUGAUCAUGUUCUUCUAUUCGAUCCAUCAACUUUGACGGUUACCAUUAGUGAAGAUAAAACUACAAAUAUUCAAUUAAUUUCGGAACAUGACGAAGAUGUUGUAGUUACAUUUUUAUAUGGCGAUAAUUUACGUGGGGAUCCACAAGGUUUCAUUAGUCCUCUGAGAAAUUUGACAUUUAAACGUCACAAACAAAUUCAACAAACACUCUAUGUCAGAGGUCUCAAAGAAGGCCAUAUUAUUGUUCAAGCACAUUCUCAACAAAUCAAUAUUACUAAUAAAGAUUUUCUUUUGAUAAAUAUUGCAAAAAGUUCAAUAUUAUCAAAAUUAAUUCAAAUAUUUGGAUGGGUCUAUUUUUUUGCAUGGUCACUCUCAUUUUAUCCACAAAUUAUACUCAAUUUCAAACGGAAAAGCGUUGUCGGUUUAAAUUUUGAUUAUUUAGCGUUAAAUUUAUUGGGUUUUUUCUGUUAUUCUGUAUUUAAUGUUGGUUUAUAUUUAUCAACGGAUGUUCAAUCUCAAUAUUUUAAUCUUCAUCCUCGUGGUAUUAAUCCAGUAUUGUUGAAUGAUGUUCUAUUUAGUAUUCAUGCAUUUAUUGCUUGUCUGAUUACUUUAUUUCAAUGUCUUUUCUUUGAGCGUGCUACUCAACGUUUAUCUUACAUAACAACAACAUUAAUCGUUGUUUUUGUUUUAUUCUUAUCUAUUUCUUCAACUGUGGCCGUAUUUCAUCGUAUUCCAUCAUUAACUGUUCUCUACUUUUAUUCGUACGUCAAAUUAACAAUUACGGCAAUCAAAUACGUACCACAAGUCUUUUAUAAUUAUCGUCGUAAAUCAACGGAAGGCUGGUCAAUUGGAAAUAUAGUCUUAGAUUUAACUGGCGGUAUCUGCAGUCUUCUGCAAAUGUUUUUAUUGGCAUUGAACUACAAUGAUUGGUCAUCACUAUUCGGUUCACCAACAAAAUUUGGUCUUGGCCUUUUAUCAAUUAUGUUCGAUAUCAUUUUCAUUCUACAACAUUUUAUAUUCUAUAAGAAGAAACAAUAUAUAACACUUAAUUCAACUGUUGUGGAAGGAAACGAAGAACAACAUGUGAAUGAAAAUUCAUACAGUGAGUGA